AUUUUGAAUAUGUCAAUUCAUUAAAAGUGUACGAACCUAAACAAAUUGUGAUCUACAAGCAGUUCAAUGAAACUACUUCGCAUCAAGUAAACAUAGAGCAUUUUGAAUCAUCUCGUUUUGGAAUUUUCAUCAUGUUCAAUUUUCGGAAUUCUAUUUCAUCCUGUUGAGUAUAUAUUUAACUUUUUCUUUAUAAUAGACUUUAUCAUUUUAGAUCAAUAAUAGCUUAUAAUAAUUUACUUGUUUAAAUUGAACAAAUUGAAAAUUAUGCGUUGUUUUAGCAUUUUAAUAUCAGGGUUCACAUACAUUUAAUGAUAAGCUAUCAAUAUGUCUGUUUAUUGUAUUUUAAUAAAUUAAGUAUCGAAUUAUAGUUAGAUAUAGUGUUUGGAAUUUGUAUAAUCUACCCUUUUGUUGUAUUUAGGACUAUGAUAUUUGAACAUUAUAGAAUGAAAGAUGUUAGAAUUGAAGUGUUAUAUCGAGCCAGUAUAUUUCAUAAGGCUCGUUAUAACCUUUCGAUUUCAGGAUCUCCUUUCAAUGCAUCCAACACUCAAAUGAUAAUUUGUACUAUUAUUAAUUGUACAUAGCCAUAUUGACAUUAAGGUAAAUGCUUAUCACUGUAAAUUGAAUGUUUGACUACUACAAAAAAAAUGUUACCUAGGUCCAUAAAUGUCUUUAAUAUUUACUAGCUUUAUGAAUUUAAAAAGUUUCUUUCAAUCUCAAUCUAUAACUGUUGUUUUGUAACCACUAAUGCGGGUAUGCAUUAAAUNAUAUUGACAUUAAGGUAAAUGUUUAUCACUGUAAAUUUAAUGUUUGACUACUACAAUAGAAAUGUUACCUAGGUCGAUAAAUAUCUUUAAUAUUUACUAGCUUUAUGAAUUUAAAGAGUUUCUUUCAAUCUCAAUCUAAAACUGUUGUUUUGUAACCACUUAUGCGGGUAUGCAUUAAAUUUUAUCACAAUUUACCCAAUUUUUAAUGUAAAGACUAUAUGAUAAUGGAAGAAACAACAUAUCAUCUGUUUUGAAAAGAACAACAUGUGUACAAUUAGAUUAAUUGAUCUUCAAAUUGAAGGGUUAUCUCUGUUGUGUAUAAUUCAUAUGCUGGAAAUAUUCUGUCAAUUGAAGAUUUUUUAUGNUUAUAAUGUAAAGACUAUAUGAUAAUGGAAGAAACAACAUAUCCUCUGUUUUAAAAAGAAAAACAUGUGUACAAUUAAAAUAAUUGAUCUUCAAAUUAAAGGGUUAUCUCUGUAGUGUAUAAUUCAUAUGCUGAAAAUAACCUGUCAAUUUGAAGAUUUUUUAUGCAAUUUUUUAUCAACUAAUUGCUCUUUAUGCAAUUAAAGAUCGUCUACAGCUAUCUAAGUAAUUUAUUUUUUUAUAAUUUUUUAUCAUGUUGACUGUUUAUUUUUUCUAAAACCGUAAAAUCAAUGUGUAAAUUUCUAAACAUUGUGAAAUUAUUUAUAUUUGUAUAAUUUACAUGUGCUCCUUAUAUUAGAUUUAUUCUAAUUUUGUUUUUUCUUUCAGAUUUUGAAUAUGUCAAUUCAUUAAAAGUGUACGAACCUAAACAAAUUGUGAUCUACAAGCAGUUCAAUGAAACUACUUCGCAUCAAGUAAACAUAGAGCAUUUUGAAUCAUCUCGUUUUGGAAUUUUCAUCAUGUUCAAUUUUCGGAAUUCUAUUUCAUCCUGUUGA